CAAACGAUUUGUUAUGAAAGUUAUCAAUGAUGUGGGGUCAUAGUGAGAAGCAAGCUUUAUUUGUUGGAUGGAUUUUCUUCUUGAUUUUUUAUGUAACUGGUGGAGAAGAUGCACACAGUUUGGAUUCGCUCGUGAUACCGUUUACGGAUUUUAAAGAUUGCGUCAACAGGAAGUGCUUUGAUGCAGCCAGCGGACUCUGCAAAUCUUCUGAAAGUUGCUCAAUUGCAUUACGAAAGGAAACCCUCGGAAAAUGGGCAGAAUGUUCCCUAAUCUGCCCGUUGACUGACAAACACUGUAGAAUAAUUAUUGACAACAAUGACGAAACCGAAAUCGAAGAUUUCCGCUACGUCCUCACUGAGUUAUCUCAAACAACUCGACUGCACUGUUCGCUGCCGGAUGAUAAGUCGGAUUCUCGUGUCAGUAAUGACAGUUGUCUUCCAUCUGCCCUCGGGAUUCGAAAUUAUUGUCUUCACAGGAAUGCCUCCAGCAACUGGCAGGAGCUCAGGAGUAAUUAUCUGAUUGAUUUCAAUAAUCGUAGUAUUGAUAGUUAUUACUUGAGGAGGGAAUUGCGGUUUGUUAUGGCACUAUGUGACGAAGGGGAUGUGGAGGCAUGCGAGCAUCUUUCGAAUAUCUGCGUUUUAACAUUAAACGCUGAAAGUUUCCCGUGUCAGAUUUUCCUGACGGAGACUCCUCCGAGGAAACUAUUCUGGGCGGUUGGAAAUGCCCGGAGUAUUUUGGAACGUCGGGGGAUCCCCAAUAAAUUCAAAUUAUCAAAUAACGAUUCUCAAAAAAACAGACUCAAUUUCAUCUUUGCCAAAUACUCAUUGCGGGGAGCCUUCAAAUCCUAUUCGGAUUGGAUAUCUCCUUGUUCGUUCUUUAAAAACGUACGGUUUGGGAUAAACGGUGAAAAAACAUGCUGGACCUCUGCCAAGGAAUUGAUAGACCUAAGAACUACGUUCUACGUACCCUAUCUCUCUUUCAUUGCCAAUGAUAAUAAGAAUAAAUACCUGUAUCCAUUACCAGCAUUAGUAAUUAACAAGACUCUGGAUAUGAAGGACACGUCCAAGUGGGUUUUGAUGAGUAGAUUUUUUAUGGUUGAUAAAAUCACUGGCGCUGGGGUAUCAAUGAGCUCAGAUACCGCCAAUUUUUCGAGUAUUCCACAAGUGGAAAUCCUUCGUUAUGUAAAAUCCUUGACUAUUCAAGUCAGAGCUCAAGAGCGGAAGGAGAGGGGAAAAAUAUUUCCACCGUUAAUUAUCCUCGAAUAUGGGGAACUGACGCAGGAUGAUAUGGAGAAAAAUGUGGAGGUGUCAAUAGCGUAUAAGAUCAUUUUCAAAUUAACUGAGAAAACCACAAACUUAUGGAUCAAGGUUGGAGUAGGAGUGGCUUCAGGCCUCUCUCUGAUUUACGCGAUAUUCUGCACGUUUAGUCAUUAUCGCAGGAACAACAACAGUGUUCCCGUCCUGAAAUCUCUCGGCUGGUUCCUCAUCUACUACUGCGGGGCCUUCGGAACUGAACUCCUGAUCAUCUCCACGACAGUCUGUUUAUCAGCUUUCAUCUUCUACAAGGGUCAAACAGUCCUGCACAUCUUGCUCCCCACUGAGAAUACCGAGAAAUUGAUUAAAAUCUGUUCAAUAGUUACCUUCAGCUCGAAAAGUAUCGAGAUAAUUGCCCUGGUGUUUCAAUUACGAAGCAUCGGCAUCUUCUUCAUCGACUGGGAGAUCCCCAGGUGUCUAACGUCUCCGGCAGUCUAUGAUUCCCCGCACACAUAUUUGAGGAAAUCCUACACCCAUAGGUUACAAAAAGGCGCCAGCAAUACUCAGCAAACGCCUUCUGAGGUCAUCGUAGCGCGAAAGAACAAAACUCCGUCGAGAUCUAGUCAAACCAGUCAUACUAGUACACCCAGCAGGCAAUCGAACAGUCGGAACCUCCAACCAUUAGAUCAAUUCUCACCCAAUUAUAUCGAUGCCGAUUUUUGCCUCGAUGAACGAGACAUCAGCCAGAACUCAACCGUCAGCAUGUGGAGGACGUAUGUAAUUGCUAAUCAGUGGAUCAAGAUGAAGACAAAACGGAGAAUUAACUUGUUGCUUCAUACGUUUACAACUUUGUUUUUUCUGGAGAUACUUGGAUUGAAGAAAUGGGCUCUAGCCAUCCCUUCCCUAAAGCCUCCCCAGGAGCAAAUGGAUUUCGUGAAAGAAAGUUUCACCCUUAAAAUUGCAGUUGGAGCUUUGACAUAUUUUCUUUUAUAUUUCCUUCAACUACUGACAUCAGUAUUAUAUACAAGAUACUACAGAAACUGUCUUCAUGGUUUUGUGGACCUGUGCUCAGUGGCCAAUAUCAGUAUAUUCAUCCUGAUCCACGAAUACUAUGGGUACUACAUUCACGGACGAUCGGUCCAUGGCUUCGCGGACACAGACUUGUUGACUGUAAGCAAAGAUUUAAAACGAGAAGAGGAUAAUCUCUGCGCUCACAGAGGCCUUAUCCCUGGGAGCACCGACCAGACGUUCGUCCUGUGCGUGUCGAAGACAUUCAAAUCGUUUUAUGAUUCAAUAGCUAUGAGGGAUCCGAAUGAAAGGAGAUUCUCGAGGAAACACGCCGGAGGGCUAGCCAAUUGGGAGGAACGCUGGAAGAUACAUUUGACAAUAAAAAAGUUCCUCUCUGAAUUCCUGGAUCACUGUUUCAAAAACGUCGAUUACACAAUAAAGGAGAGACAUUUGAUGGAGAAACUCUUAGAUACUGAAUUCAUGGACAGUGGCAGAGAUAAAUCAAUUUUUUAUAUCGAUAAAAAACACUCCUUCGAUCAGGCAUUUUUUUAUGGAAACGAAUGGGCUCUGGCGACAUUUGAGGCAUCAGUAUUCAUGUUAAUUUUAGCUUUCGGUGGUGAUUAUGUACUAUCAGCAGUGGCCACUAUUUUUCUAUCCUCGAUUAUUGAGUUAUCAGUUAAGUUUGAUAUGAAGAAAAAUCUGGCGAGUAAAACAUUGAUAGAUGAACGAUUUCUUAUGUCGUAAUCUGGAUAAUAAAUUGUCUGAUA